UACAAAAGAGAAGAAGGUUCCAUUGAAAUAUUAGGGUUUCUUUGUUGUCAAUUUUCACAUUCAUCUGCGACUCAGUUAUCCCAGUCUCUAUCAGAGUCACACAGCGGCACCGCCUCCGAUUCGGAAAACAUGACUAAGAGAACCAAGAAGGCUGGCAUUGUUGGAAAAUAUGGUACCCGAUAUGGUGCUAGUCUGCGGAAGCAGAUUAAGAAGAUGGAAGUUAGUCAGCAUAGCAAGUUUUUCUGUGAGUUUUGUGGAAAGUAUGCUGUGAAGAGGAAAGCUGUGGGAAUAUGGGGGUGCAAGGAUUGUGGGAAAGUGAAAGCUGGCGGUGCCUACACUUUGAAUACUGCUAGUGCUGUGACUGUGCGGAGCACCAUCCGGAGGUUGAGGGAACAAACUGAGGGUUGAGCUUGUUGGUUGAUGCAAGACUUUGAGCAAAUUGACUUGAAAACUUGUUAGUUUGAACGUAUUAUGAACUUUGUCUUUGAGCCAAUUGACUUGGAAAGUUUAUUAGUUUGAAUGCAUGUGAUCUUUUUGACUUGGA